AGGGAACCCACUGCACGCCCAGGCUUAAAAGACAAAGUUUUAGCGGCUACAGUGGACACAAAGCCCGUGGAAACGUCAAGUCCACUUACCAAGAACGCGCAGGACCUUUUAGAAAUCCUGCUAAUUAAUUUUCAUAGAAUCAUCCCCAAACGGUAAUUGUGCUUCAGUUCCCAUGACGGAUGUAAAGCCACAAUGGCUCUAAAUGGAGGGGGAUAUGGGAGCGUUUCCACUAAGAUGUCGGCAUCUGCGCUGCGCGCUGGGCUGAUUGGGAAUUUCAGUGGAAGUAUUAGGAAGGAAAACGCUUCCUGUAACCGCGUAUCGCACAGAUAAAUGGAGUAACGCAGAGGAGGGAGGCGCAGAAAACUUGACACGGCGCUCGAGUGAUGGUCAGGCAACUCGCGUGGACUUGACGCGUCCCGUUAUCACCACAGACGGUGCGGAGGAACCCAGGGGGGACAGGUCACAGAAUAAAAAGUGGGGCGAGGAGAGGACUGAGCUGCUGCUCCGGCGAGGACGCACGCGGGUCCCUCAGCUGCGGGUUCACUCUCCCCUCGCAGUCGGUGCGCGUUCGGCUCGGCGAUGACUGCAGAGACUCGGCGACUGCUCCUGUGACUGCACAAGUUUUGCUUUUGUAACGAUUUUAAAAAGGGAACUGGAAUUUAGGAGCGGAGCGACGCGGGGACCUACAAUAAAGUUGUGCAGACUUCUUUAUUUCUCUUUCCACCCUGGACUCACGGGACGUAUUCACGCAACGUUGAAGAGGCUCCAGAGGCUCGGAGGUGCGCGGCCACACGUUUCCCCCAGAGCAGCGCGUUUGAGGCUCCCCGUCUUCCGCGCUCACCCAGAGUAAUGCGGCAAUCGCGCCAACGCGCCACCAUGGGACUGCUGCUGUUGAUGUGCACGCUGAGCGGCCACUGCGGCCAGGGCGCGCCCUCGGCGGCGGCGCCGGCGGGCGGGCGCGCGCACGCGGACCUGAGGCGCGUGGUGGAGAUCGUGAAGCACGUGGAGGGCGGCCGCGGCCGCCACGGCGCGAGGACCGCGGCGCCGCUGACGACGCGGGCGAGGACGUCUCUGGCGGCGGACUUGCGCAACGCGAGGACGGCGAGCAGAGCGGACGAUACUGUGGUCAUAAUCCCAAGAGACGCCAGAAAGAAGGAGAAGUUUCUGAAGCACAUAACAGGCCCGCUCUACUUCAGCCCCAAGUGCAGGAAGGACGUGUACAGACUGUAUCACCACACCAGAGACUGCACGAUACCUGCAUACUUCAAGAGGUGCGCGCGGCUCCUCACCCGGCUAGCCGGCAGCCCACAGUGCACGGAGGGGUAGCGCACGAGGUACGGGAGCCGCCGUCGCUGUCCAUUCAGGUGUGGAGCUGUGUCUGUGGUGGAGCUGGAGCUGUAGUGAUGCACACGAGCUGCAGCAGCAGCAGCAGCAGCAGAGCAAGAGAAGCCGGGGCCAAAUCAAGUUUCGUCUCAGCUCCUUUUUGGAAAGGGAACUGUUUUUUCAGGUACUGCCAAGUAGGGGGGGAGCGCUGAAUUACACUUCCUUGCUUUUGCAGAUCGAAGCCAAACAAGUUCUCCAGAAGAAAUAGAAAAAAAAAGUUGGGAAAAAAGUGCCUUGGACAGUGAGCGGGAAGCUGAAAAUACUCCAACCAUCCCCAGCCGCCAUUAGGCACAGCAUCGUCCUCCACUGAAGCCGGUUCUGCCACGGCGUGGAUCACCGCCACCCGCCGCUUUGGACGAGGGAGCAACCCGGCAGAACCAGAACCAGAACCAGGACAAGGAUGGGAGGUGAGAAGAAAGCGAGACGUGGAGCAGGAAAACAAACAAGCAGCUCAGAGGAAAAAAAAAAAAAGAAAACUGGACUUGGUUUUUCCUGAUGGAAUAUCCAAAAAUAUGUUGCUAAAAAAAGGGAUUGCUUUUCUUUAUUUUGUUCAUUUC